UACAGAUAAGUACAGCUGUGCAAUUUACACAAUCCGUACCCGCACUGCGAGACCGAGACAUACAUGCAAUAAGCCAAUAGCGCAUUUCUCUCCAAGUUGUCCCGUCCAAUUCCAUUCCCUCCACUUGCCCCCUUUGCGUCUAUAUAUAUAUGUCUUUAGUCGUUGGUUCCUUCUGUUUCAUCCUGUUCUUUCCUCCAGAUCACCCCCAGGUUCCAUCUCUUCAUGGUUUCCAAAAGUCCCAUAAUAUUAGCAUGGGGUUCAGGAGAAGAUGGCCAGUUGGGCAUUAGAAAGGAUGAAGAGAAAGAUUGGGUUUGCACAGUUGACGCUCUCAAGACUGAGAACGUUUGUUCAGUUGUCGCCGGGAGUAGAAACUCACUCGCCAUAUGUAAAGAUGGAAAGCUAUUUACGUGGGGAUGGAACCAAAGAGGCACCUUAGGCCACCCACCAGAAACCAAAACCGAGAACAUUCCCAGCCAGGUUAAAGCUCUUGCUAACGUGAAGAUUGUUCAGGCAGCUAUCGGUGGGUGGCAUUGUUUGGCGGUCGAUGAUCAAGGCCGAGCUUAUGCCUGGGGUGGUAAUGAGUAUGGACAAUGUGGUGAAGAACCUGAGCGGAAAGAUGAUAACAGUCCGACUCUUAGGAGAGAUAUAGUGAUUCCACAGAGAUGCGCCCCAAGGCUUUCGGUUCGCCAGGUAGCUGCUGGAGGUACUCAUUCUGUUGUGCUUACCCGUGAAGGACAUGUAUGGACAUGGGGCCAACCAUGGCCUCCUGGAGAUAUAAAACAGAUAUCCACUCCAGUACGAGUACAAGGGCUUGAAAAGGUGAGGCUUAUUGCAGUGGGUGCAUUUCAUAAUUUGGCUUUAGUAGAAGAAGGAACAUUGUGGGCAUGGGGCAACAAUGAAUAUGGGCAACUUGGAACUGGGGACACACAACCAAGAUCACAACCUAUCUCUGUUCAGGGACUGUCUGGUCUUACUUUGGUUGAUAUUGCUGCAGGAGGAUGGCAUUCUACUGCAUUGACAGAUGAAGGAGAGGUAUAUGGUUGGGGAAGGGGUGAGCAUGGUAGACUUGGAUUUGGAGAUGACAAGAGCAGUAAAAUGGUGCCCCAGAAGGUCCAACUCCUUGUUGGGGAGGAUAUAGUGCAGGUGUCAUGUGGAGGAACACAUUCAGUUGCAUUGACACGUGAUGGACGUAUGUUUUCUUUUGGGCGUGGAGAUCAUGGACGCCUCGGAUACGGGAGGAAAGUAACUACCGGUCACCCGAUGGAAGUGCCAAUAAACCUCCCACCCCCAAAGCAUGGUACUGAUGGACGUUGGUGUGCAAAGCUUGUUGCUUGCGGUGGACGCCAUACUUUAGCAAUAGCCACAUGGCAGGCAGCCUGAUGUAUCACAAUAGAUGCUGUGAAUGAUGUCAAUUGUCAAGGCUUCAAGAGUACAGUACACAGUCAAGUCAAGGCUUCAAGAGUACACCACCAACUAGGAAAUAGAUGCUGUCUUUUGGAGGCUUGUUUGGAGAACACUACAGUCAAGUUGUAAGAAGCAGCCUAAAUUUGUAAACACAAGGGACCGGUUAAUAUAUUUACAUGGAUAUAUGUUUUUUGCCAGGAGGCUUGAAUAUAAUCUAUAAAUUGAGAUGGUGGGAACCAAUGUUCAAAAAACCAA